AGUGAAACAAAGUGCUCAGGAAGUGACUGAUGAAGUUGCUGCUUCUUGCGCUGCUUCCAUUGACAGAAGCUCUGGUAGAACCAAACAUUAAAGAAAUUUCCAGGAGCUCUCAGCAGCUUCCUUUUCUCUCGCAUCACAACAACUCUAACAGAGUAUGCCCUGGGCACUGCGAUAGCGGGUGGAAUUACUUCAAAGAUACAGAUUCUUGCUAUAAGACUUUCUACUGGAGUAGCUUCAACGAUGCCGAAAGUCUGUGCAAGAUCCUUGGAGCACAUUUAACGUCAAUUCAUAGCUGGAAUGAGAAUGCUUUUGUAGCAGACUUGGCAAAGACGGGUCUAAAUUGGAGCAAUAAGAACCAUUUGACAUGGAUAGGUUUGAGACGGGCUGAUUAUGUGAACGGCUUGGAAUGGUUCUGGACUGACGGCUCGAGCGUUGACUUCUUGGCCUGGGCUCCGAAUGAGCCCGAUAAUUCUCUUGGAAAAGAGCGUUGCGUUCAGUUGUACUCUGACUCUAAUCCUGGAAGGGAACAUGCUUUAAUGCACCAGAAGUGGAACGAUUACAUUUGUACAGAGAUCAUGAGAUCGUUUGUAUGCAAGAAACCGGCUUUGCACUGAAAGCGAUCUUCAAAAGUUCUAUUGAUGAUUGACAUUUCACAACCAAGUCAAUGAAUUCUGUUCUGUUCUUGAAACUUUUGCUCAACGUUUUACAGCAACUAAAUAAAAGUUAAGAAGAUCG